GCCGAUCGAACAGACAAAGACGGAGAGGACGUUCAGCGGAUCAAUAGAGACCAACAUAAAACCCCGAGGGUGCGUCUCUCGACCUCUUGAACUUUCCCAACGCCCACUUCCCUCCUCAACCCCAUGUCCGACCCAAACGCCAUGGACGUCGACACGUCCUCGAGCUCAAACUCGCUGGCUCCAGCUGCCAACUUGGUAGAGGAGUUCCAGAGGGAGGGACAGUCUCAAUCAAUCGAUAGCCAGGGCCAGACUGCCUCCCCUGCCCUCGGCAACAGCGCCGUCAUGGAUGUCGACACCUCUUCGAACGGAUUCGCUCUGGGCCAGCUCAACGGCGAGGCGAGCAGUGGAGGGUUGACGGGACUUUCGAGCUCGUCGUCUUCAGUACCUCCGAAUGGGCAGGCCAUCAUCUCCCUCACCGAUUCGUCAGCGGGAGCCUCGAACGGUGCUGCCACACUCUUCGCCCUGGGAAACAACGGAGUAGCUGCCACUGGCGGGGCUGUGGUUGCCAGGAAGGUCCCGCGCACCGGAUACGUCUACGACCCACUCAUGAUGAUGCACUGCCAGGACGGGUAUAUCCCCACGGCGGACAACGUGCAAGACGCUGGAAACGGACACCCAGAGGAACCGAUGCGCAUCAAGCGAAUCUUCAACCUCCUCAAGUCCAACGGCCUGAUCAAGAAGAUGAAGCAGCUGCCAUCGAUUGAGUGCACGUACGACCAGGUCAGACUAGUCCACGACGAGGACCACUGGCUCAAGGUCCAGGGAACGGAGCUCCUCACGGACGAGUACAUUGUUGAGUCCAAGGGGUACUAUGACAACUUGUCACUCUACGUCUGUCGCGAGACGGCUCACUGUGCGCGUCUGUCGUGUGGCGGUGUCAUCUCGGCCUGCACAGCCGUGUGCACAGGGGAAGUCAGGAAUGCCUUUGCCAUCGUCCGCCCACCAGGACACCACGCCGAGCCUGACGAGCACAUGGGCUUUUGUUUCUACAACAAUGUGGCCGUCGCAGCCAGGGAGAUGCAGCAGAAGGGGCUGGCCAAGAAGGUCCUCAUCCUCGACUGGGAUGUGCAUCAUGGUAACGGAACGCAGAGGGCGUUCUGGGACGAUCCCAGCGUCCUGUACAUGUCUAUCCACCGUCAUGACGGUGGACGCUUCUAUCCUGGAAGCGACUUUGGGGCCCUCGACAUGGUUGGCGUCGGCGCGGGCGAGGGAUACUGUGUCAACAUUCCCUGGCCCUUUGGCGGAUUUGGAGACGGUGACUACAUCUACGCGUUCCAAAAGAUCAUCAUGCCGAUCGCAUAUGAGUUUGCGCCAGACCUUGUCAUCAUCUCCGCAGGAUUUGAUGCCGCGGACGGUGACCAGCUCGGCGAGUGUAAGGUCUCGCCUGCCGGCUAUGGCCAUAUGACACAUAUGCUCUCUGCGCUGGCGAAGGGCAAGCUUGUCGUUGCUCUCGAGGGAGGAUACAACCUCAAGGCCAUUGCCGACUCAUCGCUCGCCGUUGGCCGGGUGCUCCUGGGCGAGACUCCCGACGAUAUCGGCGAGGUGGAGGCCAGCGAGGCUGGUACAGAGGUCGUGCUGCAGGCGGCAAAGGUCCAGUCCAAGUACUGGAAGAAUGUCACUGUCAAGUCGUGUGAGAAACCAGAGGUCACGACGCUGGCCAACGGUGCGCAGGCUACUACUGGCAUCCCGGACAUUCUGAAGAUUUAUCGGGCGCACCACUUGUUCUCCCAGUACGGCCUGUUUGAGAUUCCCCUGGCGAGUGAAGAACUCAACGACGCGUUCGCCAGCCAGGUUAUCUGCACCGAGGGGAUUUUCAGCCCUGAUAGCAGUAAAGUCUUGGUCGUCUUUGCCCACGACUUUGGCAACCUCCGAGUGGAGACGGACGGUGUGACGACAACGGAUAUCAACUUGGCAAAGAGCUACUUGAUCGACACCACCGACUUGAUAGUCGACUGGGCGACCAAGCAGAACAACUAUAACCUAAUCGACGUCAAUGUCUUGAAGCGGUUGCCAACAACGUUUGUCAGGGAUAAGCCAAAGAUGGUCUCCAACAGUGGCGACAAGCUCGAGGGCAAGCUCAUGCGCUACCUCUGGGACAACUACAUUGAGUUGACAGACGCCACCGACAUCAUCUUCAUUGGCCACGGAUCGGCGUGCGGUGCCCUCAUGGAGCUGGUCAAUCACCGAGAUGUGGAGCACAAGGUGCGCGCCGUCGUGCAGGUUGGCGGCCUUCACUCCUUUGUCAGGCCCGACCCAGCGAACGAGUCGAAGAGAGCGUGGUUCCGACAGGCGAGCCGCAUCUACGUCCCCGACGUCCACCCAUUGCUCCAAGAGGAGCGCCUCCACCGCCGACUGGGCGGCCAGAUCUUCACGUCGCCAAAGUCGCCAGUUGUCGCGGUGCUCAACGACGUCUUCCCGCAGAUCCAGGAGUUUGUGGCGUCCAAGUUGCCAGAGCCAGCCUCGAGCAGCAACGGAAACGGUAUCGUCGUUGAUGCUCAGACCGCUAUCACGGCAUAGACAUGAACGAGCUUGUAGAGAGGGUCGAGUCAGCGUCCCGGCGCAUAGUUUUGUAG